AUGGAGGAGCUGGCGCUCGGAGAGGCGCUGGUGGUCAAGCUGCAGCUGGAGGCUGCGCAGCGAGCGCGCGAGCUGCGUUCGUUGGCAGACUCGUCGUCGUCCGCCAAGAUGGCUCGGGCACGCAAAGGCCUGGCCAAGGCUCGUAGCCGAUUGGAGCGCGACGCGCACGAAGCACGGGCCAUGGUCGAGGCGCUAGGCUCGCUGGCGCGGUCGAUGGAUCGGGCGCGGGCGUCGCUCGACGACGCGCUGCGGAUCUGGGCCGACGGCUGGCAGCACGACUACGCGCAGCUGGAAGAGAACAUGCUGGAUGUAGACGACUCGAUUGGUGUGGCGCUCGAGGCUGCGCAGCAGAACGUCGACGAGCUGCUGAGUGACGAGGCCGACGCGGCGCGGCGGCUAGCCGACGAACUCGAAGACGUGGCGCUUGAGGGCGAGGUGCUGAAAGACCACGUCGCGAGCCAUGGGAUGACCAGCGCGUUCAUGGACGAGUUUCACGACUACGAGCAAGUGGUGCAGGGGCAGGUUGCGACGGCGCAGCCGCGGAUGUCGCAGCUGGAGGCGAGACUGGCACAGGCGCGGUCUCCGGCAGCCUUUCGCGUCGGCCCGCAGCUUGCGGCUUUGAGAUCGCUGAUGACCUCACUCCGCGAGGAGACCCGCAAUGCCCGUCGCGUCGCCGCGUAUUUGCGCAAGGGCGCCGGCCCGGGCGCGGCCAUCAUGUCCAAGCUUGUGGGGCGGACUAGGCGCGCCAAGGCAUCCCUGGACGCCGAGCGCCGCGAGCGGCAGGACGCUCGCCGGCGGAUGCAGUCGCGACUCUCCUCACGCGACACUGUGUCCAAACGCGAGUACGAGGCGCUGGAGAAGCAGUACUUUGCACUGGAGGAGGUGCUCGACCGCGAGCGCAAGGCCACGCGGGUCUGCGACCGCUGCCGCACCUGGGAAGACAAGGUCCGCGAGCUGCGGUUCGAGCUUGCCAAGGUGAAGCGGAAGCAGCGCGAUAGCGAGACGCUCGAGCGCUACUCAUCCAUGCCUUUCAACGCCACGACCUCUCGUGGCUCGUUCGGAAGCUCCGUUGGCCGGUUGGCGCGGUCGAGCAGCGUCGUCGGCUCCCCACGCUCGGGCUCGGUCUGCUCCUCUGCGCCACAGUCGCCUUCGAGUCCAAAGUUCCCGCGACACUUGCGUGGCUCAAUGUCGGGAUCGGGCACCAUUCCAGAGGUCGUAACGUCGGGCGCGAGCUCAUCAGACUCGAGCUCAUCGGGCACGACGUCAUCGUCGGGCACGUACAUGUACGUGUACGAGGACGAAGUCGAGUUGUACAUCAAUGGUGCCAAUGCAGGGGGAGGCGCAGACGCCGGUGCCAGCGACAGGCACGCGCUCGGCGGAUCGGCUGCACCAGCCGGCGGGAGCGGGAUGCGCCGGUCGCGCGAGCGGCGACCCAAACCAGGUCGCGGCAAGUCGGUUCGUUAUGGCGGGGUCGAGGUCAAGGAGAUCUCGCCCGAGCCUGGGGACGAAGACAAACCACGCUCGCUUACCGCCGUCACCAACCACGGAGCCUCCGCCGUCCGCGCCAUUGCGCUCAGCGAAGUAGCCAUCGACGACGGACGGCCGCUGGCGUCUGCGUCGGCCGACGGCUCGAUCAAGGUUACCAUGCUCAAUGCCAACGGGCGUGCGCGCGAGUGGUUGGAUGUGUCGCGGGCUGACGCCAGUAGCGAUGGCUCUGUCGCUGUCCUCGAGUUUCACCCCAAGGGCAUGCUGCUGGCUGCUGCCGGGCGGGAGCGCACCGGCUCGAAGCAGGUCGGCCUCGCCCGCAUCUUCAACUGGGGUGCCGGACGAGUGCUCAAGAGCAUCCAGACGACGGCGCCGGUGACGGCCUUGCGCUUUGCUAGAGACGGGAAGCAGCUGGUGCUUGGCAUGCGCGGAACGGUUGAGAUCUACGACGUGCGGACCGCGAGCCUCGUUCGCAAGAUUGCCAUCGGUGCGCAGUCGGGCGUUCGUGAGACGGUGACUCACAUGGCGUUUGGCGUCGAAGACCACCUGCUCCUUGUCGGUGGUUCGUUUGGCAAGGUGCGGGUGUACGACUUGCGCUCGUCGGAGCAGCUGACUUGCUUCCAGGAACACGUCGCGCCGCUCGUCGCCAUCUUUGCGCCGCCGCUGCCGGCAAAAGGAUCGUCUCACUUUACCGUCCACUCGCUGGACAAGCGCGAGUCGGUGCUCUCCGUCGAUGCGCUCGGCGUAGCGCGGGUGUGGGACACGGUGACCAAUAGCUCGAUCACCGAGUGGAAUGUGGGGUCGGGAGUCAUGGCGGUCGCCCUGGCGAUGGAGGAGGCGGUCCUUGCCGUUGCACACUCGGACGGCUCGCUCGCUGUCCUCAACCUCACCGCUAACAGCCUCGGAUACUCGUCCGAGUCGUUGCCGGCGACCCAGGUCUCUGCCGACGCCCUCACUUCCAUCGCAUACGGGCCCAACAUGGGCAUUCUCGCCGUCGGCUGCUCCGACGGCAAGGUUCUUGUCGGCCCGAUUCCGGCUAAAGAGUAG